GACCUGAUUGGAUAAUGGGAACUAAAUAAUGCUGGACAACAGGGUGUGUGUGGGGGUGGGGAGAUAGAGAAUUUGUCUUUUAAGCGACCUUAGUUUAGUGCAAUAAAGAAAGUUCAACUCAAACCAUAGUGGGGUGCUACUAGGAAUGAAACCGUUGUUUGUCAACUCAAAGACCUUUUCCGCCUUAAUUGUAACGGUGUUUUCUCCCAUUACACAAAAAUAUCUGGGAAGAUAAGACUUGGCUAUCAUUGUGGUGAGAGCUGUUCAUAAAUCCUUGUCACAAACCAGCUCCAUUUUCACGCAAACUCCAUUUGUUGUAUACCAUGUGGAGAGAAUAGUUGUUCAAAGCGAUUGCAGGGGAAAAAAAAUGCAGUUUGUUGAUCGGAAGAAGAAUAGGUUGUCAGCAAAUUCUCGAGUUACUCUGGCUUCUAUUGAAUCCUUGUCCGUACCACUUGAAAUUGUGUUCUUGGCGGACUACCGAUGCACCAAGUGCCAGCAGAGGGUUGCAGAAGUAAUGUCAAGGAUGAAUGGAGAAACGGAAUCUGUAUUGAUAAGUGUGCUGGAGAAGAAGGUGACUCUAACUUGCAAUUUUUCAAAGGGACGAGUAGCUUCAAUCUGCGGGAAUCCCUUCAACAGAUUUACUUUCCUGAUGCGGAUGUUCCUCUCUUCUUGCUGCUGAUCAAUAUACGUCCAACUUGAUACAUUUUAAUAAUUUCUGUCUACUUUCCAGUUAGUCAUGUUAUGCAUUUGACACGUGUAAUUAAAUGUGCUACAUGGAUAAAUAAAAGAAAGGCCAAAUACAUAGACAGACCAUUAAAUUUGACUUAAUUUUUCAUUUUGGCACUUCAACUCAA